AUGCUUAAUGUACCACCGGAAUCCGAGGCCGACCCUGUUGCAACCGUAAAGCCGUCGCAAUUGAUGCUGUCAAAGGAAGUACCUGCAGAAGUGGGACACUUGGAUUCCAUACAAGACAAAGAUGUUGAGGAACAAAAGCCUGACGUUUUAAAUAUGAAAUCUGGUCUAUGUUACGACCCAAGGAUGCGAUUCCAUGCGACAUUGGAUGAGGUGGAAGACCAUCCUGAAGAUCCGCGACGUAUCCUGCAAGUGUUUGAGGCUAUCAAGGAGGCAGGCUAUGUGUCUGCCAUUCCCACCGCUAGAGAUGCAUUUAUACGGAUUCCUUCCAGGGAAGCAACGCUGGAAGAAAUUCUACGGGUUCACUCAAAGGAUGUUUACGACAUGGUUAAGAGUUCGGAAACCAUGUCUCGUGAGGAAUUAGUGAAUCUAGAAAAAACAAAUGACUCUCUUUAUUUCAACAACCAAACGUUUUUCUGCGCCCGGCUGGCUUCCGGCUCCGCAGUGGAAACGUGCAAUGCUGUUGUUAACGGGAAAGUAAAAAACGCAUUCGCCAUUAUUCGACCGCCGGGUCAUCAUUCCGAGCCCAAUAAAUCAGGUGGGUUUUGUUUGUUCAAUAAUGUUGCAAUCACUGCGCGAUCAAUGAUGGCUCGGUAUCCUGAGCAAGUGAAACGCGUGUUAAUUCUUGACUGGGAUGUUCAUCACGGAAAUGGGACGCAGAUGGCGUUCUACGAUGACCCAAACGUUCUGUAUAUUAGUCUACAUCGUUACGAAAAUGGGCGAUUCUACCCAGGCACUACUUACGGUUCUGCAGAAAACUGCGGCGAGGGAGAAGGUUUAGGGAAAACAGUAAAUAUUCCAUGGCCUUGUGCUGGAAUGAGCGACGGCGAUUAUAUUUACGCUUUCCAAAAAGUCGUUAUGCCUAUUGGUUAUGAAUUCAAUCCUGAUUUAGUUAUCAUCAGUGCUGGAUUUGACGCUGCAGCAGGUGAUCCACUCGGUCAGUGCUACCUCACGCCUGCCGCGUAUGCACACAUGACACAAAUGUUGUUGGGUCUUGCCGAGGGGAAACUAUUUGUUUCCAUGGAAGGCGGUUAUAGUUUGAGCUCCAUUAGUACAGCUGGUCUUGCCGUUGCUCAAACGCUUCUUGGUAUCCCGCCGGCUAAGCUCCACACCGUGUAUGCAACGGCACCGGCUGUAAAGACGGUUGAGGAAGUGACUCGGAUACAGUCUCGAUACUGGAAAUGCAUGCGGCCUAUUUUCCACACUCCUCCAACAGAUUACACUCAUGUCAAUCCUUUACACGAGGUUGUCAGAGCAUUUCAGGCAAAGAAGCUGUUUGACAACUGGCAGAUGACCAUCCUUCCCAUAUCUCGAGAUGGUUUGUCCGAGAGUUACGCGAACCAAGCCUUAUGUUCUAACGGUUUCUUCCAUCGGAAAACACUCGUUCUCUUUGUCCAUGAUCCGCCAGAUGUGUUGGGAUCGUCACAAGGAAAUAGCAAUCUAUUAAAUCUUUCUCAGUCUGCUGUUGUUGACUAUGCUGAGACAUACAUUGAUUGGUGUUUGCAGCAGGAUUUUGGACUUAUUGACAUUAACGUACCUGAACUACUAACUGAUGCUGAUGGAAGACCAUACAGUUCUACGGAGGAGACAAAGCUGCUGUGCUUAUACAUUUGGGAUAACUACAUUGAGCUGUCUUCAGCGGAAAAAAUCAUCUUCAUUGGCGAGGGCAGAGCUGUUCCGGGUUUGAUUCAUCUUGUGUCUUCGCGAAACGUAUCGACACGAGUAAAAUCUGUAAUCACCUUUGUUGGAACUGACGCGCUGUGCGGUAUUAAAACUAUCUCAAACGAAGAUGUACCAAGUUGGUAUUAUAAGCAUUCAUUGGUGCUUGUGAGUAAUGGAAAUGUUUGUUGGAAGAAGAUGAAGAGGAAAAAGAAGCGUUAUGGUCGUUUAGUGCGUACGGAACAUGACCAUAAAGGCGAAUUAAUGCAACAGCACUAUGAGUCAAUUGUCCAAUACAUGGAGAAAAUUCUACGACAGUGA